UUCUUUUAGUAUUUUUGUGGUGCAUAAAAAUUAAUGAGAGUUUCACUUUAAAAGUCAAAUAUCUUAUUUUGACCAAAAUUUGUAUUAAAUUUACGAAAUCAAAAGUAUAUUAUUUUAGUGAAAAUUUAUAUUAUCUUUCAUUAAAUUUUAUCAAUUCAUCCAACUUCUAUAAUUUAACUCAUUUAUAUGAAGAAAGCAAAUUCUUUUUUCUUAUGUAUUUAUCUUACCAUUUUUAUCUAUCUUUUGUUUCUGUCUUUUUCUUCUUUUUUUUUUUUGUUUCUGUCCCUUCCGUGUAUAUAUAGUAAAUGGAGCCUGUUUAUAUUCUUUUCUUUUUCUUUUAAAAUUUAUAAAUAAUCAUUUUAGUCUCUUUUUCUUUCGCAGUCUUUCGUGUCUAUGACACUUCUCACAAUCUUCUAAGAAGGAAUUUUGACCGUUGAAAGAGACCAACUUUUAUCCUUUUUGAUCUCCUCUAGGGUGUUUUUUUUUUUUUUUAAUUUUUGUUAACCUUUUUGCCUUCCUUGUAAUCGAGAUUAGGGCUUUUCUUCUUACAAAAAAAAUGAAAAAACCCCUUGAUUAGCAUUUUUUGGUUGAGUUUUAGAAUAAGAAAAAAUAAGUAAUAUUUUUUUAUAUAAUUAUUUUACCUCUGUUUUCUCUUCCCAUUAACCACACUCCGACCUUUGCUUCUUCUUCACUUUUAAGCACUUCAAAAACCCUUAAUUUCCAUAUUUUCCCAGCCUGGUUUUUUUUAAAACAAGGUAAAGUUUCCUUUUUUUUUUUUUUUGGUUUUUGGUCAUUUUAGACAACUGGGUUUUGUGUGCUAAGAACUUUUAGCUUUAAUUUCCAUUCUAAGUUGUGGAUUGGGUUUUUCUUGUUCCUUGUUGAAAAGCUAUGAACUUUACUAGUCUUUGUUUGAGUUUUCACCAAACAUAGUGAAAAAAGAAGCAGAAUUUGGAAGGGUUCUGUGAAGUAGCAAAAGAAGAGGAAGAUGAUUGCUGAAAAGCCAAGUUGGGUUAGGCAUGAGGGAAUGCAGAUUUUCUCCAUUGAUGUUCAGCCUGGUGGUCUUAGGUUUGCUACUGGUGGAGGUGACCACAAGGUUCGAAUAUGGAACAUGAAAUCUGUUGGCAGGGACUUGGAAAAUGAUGAAUCUACACAGAGGCUUCUUGCAACCUUGCGUGAUCAUUUUGGGUCUGUUAACUGUGUUAGGUGGGCUAAGCAUGGUCGAUUUGUUGCAUCUGGGUCUGAUGAUCAAGUGGUUCUAAUUCAUGAGAGAAAGCCUGGUUCUGGGACUACUGAGUUCGGCAGCGGAGAGCCUCCAGAUGUUGAAAAUUGGAAAGUUGCAAUGACAUUGAGGGGACACACUGCAGAUGUGGUGGAUCUUAAUUGGUCUCCUGAUGACUCAAUAUUGGCUAGCGGAAGUUUGGACAACACCAUUCACAUAUGGAAUAUGAGUAAUGGCAUCUGCACAGCUGUGCUGAGGGGUCAUUCUAGUCUUGUUAAAGGAGUUGCCUGGGAUCCCAUUGGGUCCUUCAUAGCAAGUCAAUCUGAUGACAAGACAGUCAUAAUAUGGCGAACAAGUGACUGGAGUCUUGCUCAUAGAACAGAGGGCCACUGGGCGAAAUCAUUGGGAUCUACAUUUUUCAGGCGGCUUGGAUGGUCACCUUGUGGCCAUUUCAUAACUACCACUCAUGGUUACCAAAAGCCAAGGCAUUCUGCACCUGUUCUAGAGAGAGGGGAAUGGGCUGCCACAUUUGACUUCUUAGGACACAAUGCGCCGGUUAUUGUAGUGAAGUUUAAUCGCUCGAUGUUCAGAAGGAAUUUUGCCAAUUCACAGGAAACGAAAGCUACACCUGUUGGCUGGGCAAAUGGAGCUCCUAAGAUUGGAGGGAAAGAAUCACAGCCAUAUAAUGUAAUUGCAAUUGGGAGUCAGGACCGCACUAUAACUGUGUGGACAACUGCAAGUCCUCGCCCACUCUUUGUAGCCAAACAUUUCUUUAGUCAAAGUGUUGUGGAUUUAUCCUGGAGCUCUGAUGGCUAUUCUCUCUUUGCCUGUUCAUUGGAUGGGACAGUUGCUACUUUCCAUUUUGAAGUGAAAGAACUUGGCCACAGGCUAAGUGAUGCUGAACUGGAUGAGUUAAAGAGAGGUCGUUAUGGUGACAUCAGAGGUCGACAGGCGAAUUUGGUGGAGAGCCCAGCACAGUUAUUGCUUGAAGCUGCUUCAGCCAAGCAAACCACUAGCAAAAAAGUAGCGUUGGAUGUUCAGCAGAACCAGAUAUCUGUAAAAUCUUCUGUUGAGUUGGGGGUCACAAACAAAAAUUAUGAGCCUCAGAAUAAUGAUGGAAAGAAGAGUGGGCUUGCUGCUAGUAACGGAUUAAAUAAAGCAUUGAGUUCUGCCCGGAUUUCUAGUCCUGUGGAACAAAGAGAAUACAGACGUGCUGAUGGUAGAAAGAGGAUCAUUCCUGAAGCAGUAGGUGUGCCUAUUCAGCAGGAGAAUAAAGCAUUAGACUUCCCUGUUGCAUCUUCUGAUCCUAGAAAAAAUGAUAAUGGCAUAGUUCCUACUGAUUUUAGUUCAAGAGAAGUUUCUGUCAGGGGAACCAUUGGCAGAAGCUCUGACUUAAAGGAUCGCUCAGGGGUCACUGCUAAGGCUACUGUUAGUGACAGCCUGGUUGUUGAGAAGGUUCCAGUCUCUGCUGGCCAAGAUCAUAGCAUCAAUGUAGAACAGUCUGGAAGAAUGAUGCCUUCAGGUUCUACCGUAUGCUCUACCACAUCUCUUUCAAUUAGGGUAUUUGACAAGAAAGAAGGUGGGGAUAUGACUCCAGUUUGCUUGGAAGCUUGUCCUCAGGAACAUGCUCUGAAUGACAGUGUGGGUGUGGGAAAUGCAAGUAUGAUGAAAGAAACAGACAUUGUUUGCACAAGAGGGUCUCAAACACUUUGGUCUGAUCGUAUCUCAGGAAAAGUCUCUGUUUUAGCUGGAAAUGCAAACUUCUGGGCUGUUGGAUGUGAAGAUGGGUGUCUACUGGUUUAUACAAAGUGUGGAAGACGUGCAUUGCCGACCAUGAUGAUGGGAUCUGCAGCAACCUUUAUAGAUUGUGAUGAAAGCUGGAAAUUGUUACUGGUCACAAGGAAAGGAUCUUUGUAUUUAUGGGAUCUCUUCAAUAGGAACUGUCUCCUCCAUGAUUCAUUAGCAUCUCUAAUCACUUUGGACCUUAGCUUGUCUGCAAAAGGCACAAUCAAAGUUAUAUCUGCUAAGUUAUCAAAAUCUGGUUUUCCUCUUGUUGUUUUGGCUACUCGGCAUGCGUUUCUGUUUGACAUGAGUCUCAUGUGUUGGCUGAGGGUUGCAGAUGACUGCUUCCCUGCAUCAAAUUUUUCUAGUUCUUGGAAUUUGGGUUCAAUUCACGCUGGUGAGCUAGCUGCACUGCAGGUGGAUGUCAGGAAAUAUUUGGCCAGAAAGCCAGGCUGGAGUAGGGUAACUGAUGAUGGAGUGCAGACACGUGCUCAUUUAGAAGUUCAGUUGGCAUCGUCUUUGGCUUUGAAAUCCCCUAAUGAAUAUCGCCAGAGCCUUCUUUCCUACAUACGCUUCCUAGCAAGAGAAGCAGAUGAGUCUCGUUUGCGAGAAAUCUGUGAAAGUUUUCUCGGGCCACCAACUGGAAUGGCUUCGGAUUCCAAGAAUCCUGCUUGGGAUCCUUGUGUGCUUGGAAUGAGAAAACACAAACUUUUAAGAGAAGACGUUCUUCCUGCAAUGGCAUCCAAUAGAAAAGUCCAGCGUUUACUUAAUGAGUUCAUGGAUCUCCUCUCAGAAUACGGAAGUGUUGAAAACAAUCUUGACCAGAAAAAUCCAUCUCCGCCAACUACAUCUCAGCCAGAGAUAGAUCUGAUGGACUCUAACCCAUCUGCAACAGGUCAAACGGAUUCUUCUCUACCGGCAACAGAUAAGAAGGAAAAUCAUUCCCUUGGUAUGGAUCAAAAGGAUUCUGCUUCAUUGAUAACAGAUCAAGUAAACUUAGGCAUCCAAUCAACUGAUCAAGGACAUCAAGCUCCAGAAAGUGAAGAUGCUGGUUCAUGAUGAUGAAAUCUUUAAUAUUGCAUACUAACUAAUGGUGUUUGACUUAGAAUAGGGGAGUGCAGAGGUAUAUAUCCCUUAACUUGCUGGUUAAUAUUUUGCCAUCUCGGCUUGGUUCUCUAAAGGGCAGCCUCGUAUGUAUGCAGAGCUUCUCACUUCGGUGGACCAUCUGAUGCAUCUUUUUAUUUUUUAUUUUUUAUUUCUCUGUUGUAUUCUCUGUGCAUGUAACUUUAGAAUCUCUUUUGUUAGUUAGGAAGUUAGUUUUCUCUUACCACUGAUAGAAAUCAUUAUCUUGUACAAUUGAGCAAAAUGUGAUCGAAUCUUGUGCUUCAAGUGUUCCUAUUCUGUAGUUUGGUGAUUGGAAGAUUAAUUUGUUGAGUGCAUUGCUAUCACUUCCCCAUAUUAUCAUUCAUUCCACUUUGUUGGGCACAUAACCUUUCAUUAUAUAACAGACUAGACGUUUUCCAUGGG